UGCACCUAAGCUCGAUUCGUAGCUAAGCUGGGCGGAAGGCAGCCUUAGCAGUUACGACACCACCACCACCAUAACCUUGCAACACCACUACAAACCAAACCCACCGCCCUCUCGCCGACCCUCCUCCAUCUCUUCACGAACCCGAACUCAAUCGACCCCCCGAAGCUACGAAAACACCCAUAUCAUGCCUGCCACCACAGCAGAGACUCUGUCUCUCGUCCAGCGGAAUGUCUCCGUUGCCCCUCUCGUGCUUCUUUCCGUUGUCGACCACUACAACCGUGCAGUAGUCAAGGGAUCCAAACGGAGAGUGGUGGGCGUCCUCCUGGGUUCAAAUGACGGCAACAACGUCCGGGUAUCCAACAGUUUCGCGGUGCCCUUCGAGGAGGAUGACAAGGACCCCUCAGUAUGGUUCUUGGACCACAACUAUGUCGAGGGAAUGAACGACAUGUUCAAGAAGGUCAACGCAAGGGAAAAGCUGAUCGGCUGGUACCACUCCGGCCCCAAGCUGCGGGCGUCCGAUCUUGAGAUCAACGAGCUGUUUAAGCGCUACAACCCCAACCCUCUCCUAGUCAUUAUCGACGUCCAGCCAAAGGAGGCGGGUGUACCGACGGAUGCAUACUUCGCUGUGGAGGAGAUCAAGGAUGAUGGCACCACCACGUCACGAACCUUCGUCCAUACCCCGUCGAUCAUCGAGGCAGAGGAGGCAGAGGAAAUUGGUGUCGAGCAUCUUCUCCGCGACAUUCGCGACGUUGCAGUCGGAACCCUUUCGACGAGAAUAACAAACCAGCUUCAGUCCCUCCAGGGACUGCACCUCCGUCUCCGUGAUAUUGGCGCGUACCUCCAGAAGGUCCUCGAGGGCCAGUUGCCCGUCAACCACGCCAUCCUGGGCAACCUUCAGGACGUUUUCAACCUUUUGCCCAACCUUUCUACGCCAAAGGGCGAUGGAAAAUCGAGCGGCGGCGAGCUCUCCCACGCCAUGAGCAUCAAGACCAAUGACCAGCUCAUGGCCAUCUACCUGAGCAGUCUGAUCCGCGCCAUUACAGCCUUCCACGACCUUAUUGAGAACAAGAUUCAGAACCGGCAACAGGCAGAAGAGAAGGAGGCCAAGAAGGAUGAGGCGAACGGCAAGGACGAGAAGAAGGAUGAGAAGGCGAACGGUGUCAACAACGAGAACAAGGAGACCUCUGACAAGGACAAGGAGGCCAAGGAGAAGAAGAAAUAGAAGACUAUGUGACGUAGCGCAUUGGGGGAACACACAACACUCACGCGGAAACCAAUACCCGCGAUAGACAUUAGGGCAUGGGCAUGUCAUAAUAUCUCGGCGUCCAGGAGGCCA